UAAUCUCUACGAAGAAGGAGUCUCACUGUUUACGGAAACGCAGUGAGGAAACCCAUUCAUGGAUUCGUCCAAAUCCGAUAUUCUUUGACUUUUCAGCCAUUUUAUUUGAUUUUCCUGGAUCGUAUCGCCACCCUGCUGUAGAAAUCCGAAGUUUUCGUCAUGUGGGACCACGAAAUCAGAGCCAUGGCGUCCACUCACGCCAUCAUCGCCGGCUCGGUGUUCAUGGCCACCGUCCUCCCCACGGUGCUGGUCCCCGGCUUCUCGGUGUAUGGGACCCACCUGCUGUGGCUCUACUCGGUGUCUGCAGCUGUGGCUGCUGUCAGCGGGACAGUGUUCUGGCUGCUCGGCGCCACUGCGCCCACAAAGAAGCACACACUGGGAUACAAGCUGUCGAGGUUGUUCCGUUCAUGUGUCUACUUCUUCCUGUCUUGCCUGUUCUUCCACACGGUUGUUGUUCUCUACGGAGCCCCGCUGAUUGAAUCUGCUUUGGAGACCUUUUCGCUGGCUGUCCUUCUAAGCUCUCUGACCACACUGAGGUGUCUCUGUGUUCUCGGCCCCAACGUUCAAGCCUGGAUACGAGUGUUCAGUCGAUAUGGAGCUAUGUCUGUUUGGGACACGUGUUUGCAGAUAACAGUGGCCUGCACCCUAAUUGGAGCCUGGGUGGGAGCUUUCCCAAUCCCAUUAGACUGGGACAGGCCAUGGCAGGUUUGGCCUGUUUCCUGCAGUCUGGGCGCCAUCAUCGGCUACCUGACUGGACUUGUUGUUGCGCCCGCAUGGAUCCACUACCAUCGCAAACAGCUCACGUACAAGUGCAAGUGACUGGAAAGAGCUGUGGCCGUCUGCCUGGCUUGAUGGGAAUGUGUCUGCUUGUUCGCUUUUUACCCGUUAUUUAUUGGGAACCCUGUG